ACUGUACAUGAUUGGGGAAGGAGGUUCUAAACCCAUUUCCCUCCAAAUGAAUCAUCUCUGUGUCUGCUCACAUUUCCACCAGAAUCCCAGUUGGUAUUUGAUGUUCCUCCAGGCAUUGCCUCUUUAUCUUAACAGGCCCUGUUCCAAGUUGUCUUUUCCCCAUCUUCUCCAGAUGCAAAUCCCAAACAUAAAGGCAUUAAAACAAGCUUUUGUAUAAAGCCAUAAAUGUGUAAAGGCUAUCAAAGUGUUACAUACAUUUGUGUGUGUAAUUCAAAUUCUAUAACUUACUGUUUAGGUUUGAAUGCCUGGAGAAAAAUAAUAAGAUUUAGAAAAAAUAAAAUUAGGUUUCCCCAGGACCCUUCUGUUUACAUUCACAAGAUUUAUUAAUAAAGGUGGGACAAUCUUUUCUGCCCGUGUUUUUUGGGGUUUGUCCUUUCUAAAUAUGGGUUAGCUGGACCAUAGUUUGAUGUCACAGGACCAGUAAGUGAAGAGUCCUGGGCAUGCGAUCUUCCUGUCCCCCCUUCCUCUCACAUAAUGGUCUGUCCGCUCAACUGCCAACCUAGGUUUUCAUAUCAUGCUAACCUAUAACAUGGUCUGCUUGAUUUUGACUUAAUGUCUUGUCUGAAACCAACCCUUGUAGGUUUUAAAUGCUAGUAUAUGGUUUAGCAUGUUGUCUGCACUUGGACAAAGUUUGCUUGAACAAACAUAGUGCUAAACCAUUAAUUUUUAGCCAUGGUUUGGCUGAGCCAUAGAGGCUGGGGUCAUGCUGACCCAUAAGCCAUGGUUUAGGAACCGGAGUGGUCACCGUAAGCCAAAAAAGAAACAUAUUAUGGCUUUCAUAUCUGUCUCCCUCCACUUGGAUGUUUUGGACAUCAGCUCUCAUAAUUCCCAGUUUUCAUGGAUGAUAGGAUUUGAUGUCCAAUAUAUCCAGAAAUCAUGGAAAAAAUCUAUCUAUAUGGUCACUAGGAGUUGAAAAUGACUUGAUGGCCCACAGUCCCUCAAUAUCCAGAAGCUUCCAAGUUGAGCAAAGCAGACUAAGCAUAGAUCCAGAUCUGUGGUUGCAAAGAUGUAAAAAAGCCACGGAGCUGAAAACCUCCUGGGAUCUGCAUGUUAAAUUACAACUGUUUAUCCUUGCUUGCCAUCAGCUGGUUGUAACUCUGCUUUCUGGUUUCCAACGGCCUCAGGGCCUGUUGUCUAGAAUCUCGGAUCUCUUGCUGUGCAGAUGGACAUGUCGGAAUUGUUGUCAGAAAUGUUACGAGUGCAGCUGUUGCCAGUCCAAUGAAGAUGAAGUGGAGAUCCUGGGGCCUUUUCCAGCACAAACCCCUCCCUGGUUGAUAAGCAAUCGAAGUGAUGACAAAGAUGGCAACUCAGAUAACCCAACGAGUGAACCACCACCAACCCCUCAGGAUGUUUCACUGGACAGAAGACGGUUGUCCACUGAUACCUCCCAUUCCACUUAUAGCCUUACAAGACGAAUUUCUAGUCUAGAGUUGAGGAGGCCAAGUUCUCCACUCGUUGAUAUUAAGCCCAUUGAGUUUGGAAUUCUAGGCUCCAAAAAGGAAAUUGUCCAGCCAAGCAUCCUGAGGAAAACUUACACCCCAGAUGACUAUUUUAGGAAAUUUGAGCCAAGACUGUAUUCCCUUGACUCAAAUAGUGAUGACAUGGAUUCCUUGACCGAUGAGGAGAUCUUAGCCAAGUACCAGCUGGGGAUGCUGCAUUUUAGCACUCAGUAUGAUCUCUUGCACAACUAUCUCAUUGUUCGGGUCAUUGAGGCCAAGGACCUGCCUCUCCCCAUCUCCUAUGAUGGCUCCAGGCAAGAUAUGGCCCAUUCAAAUCCGUAUGUGAAGAUCUGUCUCCUUCCAGACCAGAAGAACUCCAAGCAGACAGGAGUCAAACGCAAAACCCAAAACCCCGUCUUUGAAGAGAGAUAUAUGUUUGAUAUCCCAUUUUUGGAAGCCCAGAGAAGGACUCUGCUCUUGACAAUUGUGGAUUUUGACAAAUUUUCACGCCAUUGUGUCAUUGGGAAAGCGUCCAUGCCGUUGAGUGAUGUGGACCUUGUGAAGGGUGGCCAUUGGUGGAAAGCUCUGGUUCCAAGUUCUCAGAAUGAAGUUGAACUGGGAGAACUCUUGCUCUCCUUAAACUACCUUCCCAGUGCGGGAAGACUGAACGUCGACAUUAUUAGAGCAAAACAGUUACUUCAGACUGAUAUGAGCCAAGGUUCAGAUCCUUUUGUGAAGAUCCAGCUUGUUCAUGGGUUGAAAUUGGCAAAAACAAAGAAGACUUCUUGCAUGAAGGCCACCAUUGACCCCUUCUACAAUGAGUCCUUCAGCUUCAAGGUUGCACAAGAAGAACUUGAAAAUACUAGCCUGGUUUUCACAGUCUAUGGCCACAAUGUGAAAAGCAGCAAUGACUUCAUUGGGAGAAUUGUGAUCGGCCAGUAUUCAACGGGCUCCCCGGAAUCGAAACACUGGCGACGGAUGCUCACGUCUCACCGCACCGCCAUUGAGCAAUGGCACAGCCUCCGCUCGCGAGCCGAGUGCGACCGCGUCUCGCCGGCUUCCCUGGAGGUGACGUGAGCCAUCAACCCCUCUCCAGAUGCCUGUCAGACCAGUUCCCUACAUACACACCGUCCAAGUUCAUUGCCUUUGGAUUGACCAUCAACAACCCUUGGCAGCUAAAUGUUUGCCAUGGAUCACUGAGUUUCGGUCAUCUUCAAGUCCCACCUCCCACUUUUAGUUUUCUCAGGUUCACUAACCACAAACCAUGGAAGAGUUUGCCUUUGUGGAUGCAUCCCUAUCCAAGAUGCUAUUGUUGCUGUUAAGGAAGUGUGAGCAUUCUGAGAGAUGCCCAUGGAUUGAAGGCCUCCUUUGGUUGCCACCUGGCAUUAUCAUCUAGGGCAGACCAUUAGUCAUGAAAAUGCUGGGAUACAUGGAUGUUUUUCUGUCCCCAUUGCUCCACCAUAACUCUCCAUUCCUAUGAUCCAUUGUCUUAGACAAUGUUAAUUCCCCCAUGUGCUCUCUUUGGUGAAUGUCUGGUAAACCAGCUAGAAGCUAUGACAGUAUUUUAGCAGUAGAGUGUAGGGCGAAAUCUGUUGUGUCUAAAUCCCGUCUUUUGUUCUUGUACUAGCUUAACAAAAUAUCAUGUGUGCUUCUGUGUCUGAAAUGGUGCAUGUGGGUGAUGGGCAGUGGAGGCCAAAGUUCUCACACCCACUCUUGUUUGUCCCACAUUUUAUCUGACGGAUCCCGCAACACACUCAACUUUGAACUGCCGGAACCACUGCAGGAGAUUGGAAUGGGUGAGCCACAUGGCUUCCAUGGAGGAGACUCCAUGGGUAGGAAGGAAGGACAGGAAAAUGUGAUGAAGCAGUGGAAGAAUUCUGUCUGUGACUUGACAUUUCACACCUGCAUCUUGACUACACAUGUAUGGCCAUGAGUGAGCUGGAAUGAAACCCUGUGAAGAAUUCUGGACAAAUGUUUAUUUUUUGACCAUCUGUUUUUUUGAACCUCUGGGCCAAUUCUACUUGAGCACAGAUAGCACUUGAGUUUCCUUUUUAUGCAAAAGCCCAUGUCAGUUGAUCUUUUCCAUCUUUGGAUUUCAGUGCAAUUAACUACUUUGGGGCUUCAGCUUAUGACCAGCUUUUGACUACCCACAUGCUGGAACGAUAGAAAAGUGGCUUAAAUUUUAGGAAGUGGUGCGUAGGUGGACUUGGGCUGCAAAUGGUCAAAAUUAUAGAAAUUGGGGCGGGGGGGAAUGGAUGUUGGAGAGAUACCAAAGUUGCUUUGCUUCUUAUUUAUUGAAAUCAAUCUAUAAUUGUUCCUUUCUGGAUAUCAUUUUUUUUUCAAAUUCUAUUAAAGACAUACUGAGAUUAUGUGGCCCCUUUAGUUGUACAAAUAAUUCUUUCCUUUUAUUUAAAAAUGAGAAUUCCACUGUGAAAAAGGUUUUGCAGUGUUUAAACACCUUUUUAAUAACAGCCAGGAUGGCAUCAGUUUUAAGUGCUUAAGUUUUAAGUUUAACAGAGUGUCAAUGGAUCUGAACAAUUUUAAGAGCUGGCAAAUAAUAAUGUUAUUAAAACAGGAACCCAUAUUAGAGGAAAGGAAGUGGGCAGUCUCAUCCUUUCUUCUUUUAGAAACGGAGUAGUUUUGAAUUGAGAUAAGCUCUUUUAAGAAUGCUGUAGAGUGAGCACAGAAUGGGAGUUUUAAAAUGACCAGUAUGGUUUUUCUGCAAUGCAAUUUGUUUUUAGGAAAAUGUUGGCAUUAGUGACAUGUUGGUAUUAGCAUUCAAAUCUCUUGUCAGUUGUGCUGAACUAAGACCCCUGGAGACAAAAACUGAACAUUUGCUGAAAUAGUCCCACGUGAUUUCUGUUCAGCCCCCCUAAAGCCAUCUGAAAGUGAUUUUGCUGGGCCAGAAAAUGUAUUUAGACUGUGGAAAUUGUACCUGGAAGGGCUCAAUGGAGGGAUUUUGGUCCUUUCUGCAGCUCUCAAGGAGACUUCUGUGUCUUUAGUGUAUUUUCAAAGCAUACUAUUUCCUCCCUUCUCAAAAUGGCUAAUCAGUUUAGCAACUGAUCCUCAGUUUCUGUCAACUCCACCGGACGCUUCUGUACACCCCUCCCUUCGCCACACACAACGUAUUCUCUUCAGAGUUCUAUUUAUGGGCAAAUAAA